UUCCUAGGCAAAGCCCUUCCCAGAACGCAUUGUUUCUCUGGAAUAGCAACAGGUGCCCUGAAGAGUGGCCACCGCAAGGUGCUCCCUCGCAGAGGUUUGAAACUCCGUCGGGUUCUGCACAUAGCGAGGUGGUUGGUGGAGUCGGCAUUUAGCUUUGUAUGGAGUGACACAGCAUCUCUCCUGAGUGACAAUAGCUAUGUGCUGGGUGUAACGCAGCAUGUUGCUGCGCUGGGGAAUGGGGCUUCUGACCAUGCUCCAUGAGGGCUGAGGAGCCAGCUUGCUUGAAACGCUAUUCACAUAGAGCCCUGUCCCACUCAGCAACCUUCUCUGGCCAGCUGACUGUGGAGGGAGGGAAGGGGCUGCAGAGCUGGGGGUGAUCUGAAGGACCCUCCAAAAGUACCCUGAAAUAUAGUACUACUUCCAGAGAAAAGGGCCCUGAGUCGCUCUGGGUUUUACAUACACAAAGGUCCUGGGAAUCUGCCCUGGGUCCCUUCCACACUCUUGGUGACUAGAACAUUUGUCUCCAAGCAUUGAGACAGCUCCGUUUGCUUUCCCUUUCACAAGCAAAGGCUCAGCAGUGAGCCAUGUUGGAAUGUACACAAGGGGACAGUGGCUAAUUAUAAGAAGAGCUGGACUUGGCAGUCAAGAAGCUGGUGAACAAGCAGCUGUACGUGCCCACUUUCAAUGUGCAAAGGAAACAUGCAGUGGGGAGCAGAGUGAAGAGCUGAGGGAGCUCACCUGGGGUCCACUCAGAAACCUGCUUAACUUUGGGGCUGGGUUUCCUCUUUCAGAAAUCUGCAGCCACCGCCAAGGGGUCCUCCGAUGGAGUAAGGGAGCAGGGACAGAGUUGGGGAGGGAAAGAAGCAGGAUGGCUGGUUGAUGGGGAGCCCUUGGAUACACAGUGAGAUUCUCAUGUGGCAGCAGAGCCACUUUGGAGGCUAGUAAUGACUGGAUGUGGGAUUUCACCGUAGAACGAGCUGCAGCCAGUUCCCGGGGUGAGGGCUGGAGGUGUGGGAGCAACAGCGGUUACAGAGCCUCGGCAUUUCUCUUACUCUGGAGAUGAGAAUUUCUCUGAGUCCCAUUGUUGAAAUCAGAGGGUGAGUUUGCAGGUGCGUUCCAGGGACAGACUGCGUCCGGUCUGGGAUCCUUGGGCAUUCGCUAGAGGCAAAGACCCAUCUUUACUCAAGCUUGCCUGAGUGCAGCAUCAGCUUGGAGCUGGAGCAGUGCACAGGUGUCAGUAGCUGUAUGGCUUCACGGUGGUGGAGUUUGCAACUCCUGGGUGCUUGUUACCCACUUGUCCUGGAGGUGGAGCAUUGCAGGAUGGGCUGGGGGCCAUUCUGCAGUUUGCUUCCCUCUUCCUGAUCUCAGAGGAGUGAAGUGCAAGCGGUGUGCUAGACCCAGCUCGCUGCCCAGGGACUGGAAUUUCCCAUCCCAUAGCUCAGACCUGACUUCCCUCUGCCCCACACUGGCUUCUGACACCACGAGCCCACCAGGAUCUUGUGACAUCUCUGCACAUGUUGGGAAAGAAGUUGCUGAGAAUUUCCACUGAGGGAGACGGGGAGCCCAGAAUGCUCCCCAGAGCCUGCCCUGGGUAUCGUAGGUUCUGUAAAACUGCAGCUGCUCAGAGCAGUGGGGAGUGGAGCUGGGUGUCUGGUGUGAGAUCCUUCUUCUUCCUGCCCAGGACACUGAGGACUUGGAUCACUAUGAGAUGAAGGAGGAGGAGCCAGUCGACGGGAAGAAGACGGAGGAUGACGGCAUCGGGAAGGAAAACCUGGCCAUCUUAGAGAAAAUCAAACAGAACCAGAGGCAAGAUUACUUAAAUGGCGCAGUGUCUGGCUCUGUACAGGCCACUGACCGGCUAAUGAAGGAGCUCAGGGAUAUUUACCGAUCACCAAGUUUCAAGGGCGGAAACUAUGCAGUUGAACUAGUGAGCGACAGCCUGUACGAUUGGAAUGUCAAACUCCUGAAGGUGGAUGAGGACAGCGCUUUGCACAACGAUCUCCAGAUCCUCAAAGAGAAAGAAGGGAUCGACUUCAUCCUCCUGAACUUCUCCUUUAAAGAUAACUUCCCUUUCGACCCACCGUUUGUAAGGGUUGUGUCCCCUGUGCUCUCGGGGGGGUACGUUUUGGGGGGAGGUGCCAUCUGCAUGGAGCUGCUUACAAAGCAGGGCUGGAGCAGUGCCUAUUCUAUUGAAUCAGUGAUAAUGCAGAUCAGUGCCACGCUGGUGAAAGGGAAAGCAAGGGUGCAGUUUGGAGCCAAUAAAAAUCAGUACAGCCUGACGCGAGCACAGCAGUCCUACAAGUCCCUGGUGCAGAUUCAUGAGAAGAAUGUUACUGCUGAGCUGAGUUCUGCACUGCGGGCGCAGCAUACUGCUGUGAGCCCCAAGCCGAACUGUCUUCGGUGUAGCCCCUGGCCAGCUGUGUGUGGUGGGGGGGUCUUUUCUCAACUGCCCAUUCUUAUGGAUGGCCAAAGUGUGCUGAGAUCAACCCUUCUGAAAUCCCCCCAGGAGACCUGACUGGGAAAGUCCGGUACGCAAACGCCUUUGAACACCUGAAUUCCACGCUGUAAGGGAGAGGUGGUUAGCUUGCUAAUCUGCGAAAUCAAGAACAGAUUUUCCUUCAAGAAACCACAAAGUUUCUCACUUCUGGAGAACAGAUACAGAUUAUAGCUACUUGAUCCUGUGCUCAUCCUGCUGUGGGUGAGCGGUUUGUAUGUGUUUGGGGGUGGGGGCUGUCAGAAGCACUGCACUUGCUCGCAUGUGAGAUGUUGCCCAGCUCUGUAACUUGUUCUGGUUUUGUCUCUGCCAGGGCUGCUGCUCAGUAAGACAUGGGUGAGCAAAGCUCUUCUCAUUCAGGGAGGCAGCAGGUUCCGCCCUAAACUGGCUAACAGCUGGGCCAGUUGUUCUGUGCUCCCUGUAAAUGUAACAGACCAUCUCUAUCUUCUAAAUGAGAGCGGCAGGCUUACAGGCUGAGUGAGGAUGGGCUGAGAGGGCAACCCUGUUUCUGCCCCUGCAAAUCCUAGGGGUGCUGAUGAACUGAUUAUGGCAGCUGGAAUCUGUCCUGUCAUGUCGCCUCUGACUCAGUUUCAAAAGAGGUUUACGACUGCCAGUUUUACCUUUGCUGGAAGUUAACUAUGUGAACUCAGCGCCCUGGAACUGCUGAGUACAGUUGGGCUCCUGGGCCUGGAAUCCUGAGUGUGCACCAUGAUGUGAACCCUCUGGCUAUGAGCUGUGAGACCAGCACCUCAGGGAGGGCAGAUCAUCCCACAGCUGCCUCCUCUGAGCUUCCUUCCUUCCUGAAGCAGCUGCUGCUGGCAGCUCACUGUGGUAGAUGGCCCAUGGGUCUCAUCCAAUGGGGUAAACUGUCCCCUGCUGCUCAGGCACCAGGGGAGAGUGGGUGUGGUGGACAGAGUCCUCCCUGCUCAUCCUCUUGUUCACUUCCUGUUCCCAUCUUCCAUCCCUUAAACUUGGCAUUUAGAUUGUCAGUAUCUGAUGUUAGAGCUGCUCUCAUCCGAGCCCAUCAGUGUGUGGCUACACCACUCGUGCCCUAAAGCCAGACUGUCGGUAUGAACUUACUCUAAUAGGAGCUGCUAGAACUCAAAGGCACUCAGUAGCUGCCUGUUAUCUUACCCAGCAGCCCUUCUGCUUUUCACCGUCAACUGUGCAUUAGUGCUCUGGAAUUGCAGGGACCGUUUCACUGCCUGCUUUAGGCUAGUUGUGUUCACUAAAUAAAGGAAGCAGAGUAUCACUCA